AUGCUGAUACUAAACGCGCCGUUCCUCAUCUACGACGCGCUGCAACGCUGGCGUUCACACGAAGGUCAACCACCUUCCCAGUUUAUCGGGCCCGGAUAUCGUAUUCGUUACGUUGUAGUGAAAGGGAUGUCUCUUGGAAAGCUCUCCAUCGAUAAAGUUGACGUUAAAGGAAAGCGGGUACUUAUCCGGGUAGAUUUUAACGUACCCCAGAAGGAUGGAAAAAUCACUAACAAUCAGCGCGUAGUGGCAGCUUUGCCAACAAUCAAGUAUUGUUUGGACAAUGGUGCCAAAGCUGUCGUUUUGAUGUCUCAUCUGGGUCGCCCAGAUGGUCAGAAAAAUCCGAAGUUCACGUUAGCCCCAGUUGCUGACGAACUGAAGAAGCUUCUGAACAAAGAUGUGAAGUUCUUGCCUGAUUGCGUCGGUUCCGAGGUUGAAGCUGCCGUCGCUGACCCAGCCCCAGGGUCCGUAUUCCUUCUGGAGAACUUGCGAUUUUACCCGGAGGAAGAGGGCAAAGGUGUCAAUGCGCAGGGUGAAAAGGUCAAAGCUGCCCCUGAUGCUGUUGAAAAAUUCCGAGCCUCACUGACCAAACUUGGUGAUAUUUACGUCAAUGAUGCUUUUGGAACUGCUCAUAGAGCCCACAGCUCUAUGGUUGGUGUUAAACUUGAUACUCGUGCUUGUGGUUUUCUGAUGAAAAAUGAGCUUGUAUACUUUGGAAAGGCCCUUAGUGAUCCGGAAAGGCCUUUCCUAGCAAUCCUUGGAGGUGCUAAAGUUGCUGACAAAAUCCAGCUCAUCAAGAACAUGCUGGACAAGGUCAAUGAAAUGAUUAUUGGAGGAGGAAUGGCAUUUACUUUCCUCAAGGUUGAUAAGAAUGUUGAGAUUGGAAACUCACUUUAUGAUGAAGAGGGAGCCAAGAUUGUCAAGGAGCUGUUGAGCAAAGCACAGGAAAAGAAUGUGAAAAUCCACCUACCAGUUGAUUUCGUAGUUGGUGACAAAUUCGCAGAAGACGCCACUUCGAAGACCACUAGUCUUGAAGAAGGAGUGCCUGCUGGACACAUGGGUUUGGAUGUUGGACCAAAGUCACAACAACUGUUUGCCGAAGCUAUUGGCAGAGCUAAGACCAUUGUCUGGAACGGACCACCAGGAGUUUUCGAAUUCGAAAAAUUCUCUCACGGAACAAAAGCCAUGAUGGAUGCUGUUGUGAAAGCGACGGAAGGUGGAGCUACCAUAAUCAUCGGUGGUGGAGAUACCGCUACUGCCUGCAAGAAGUUCGGUACGGAAGGUAAGGUCAGCCAUGUGUCUACCGGAGGAGGUGCAAGCUUAGAACUGCUGGAAGGAAAAUUUGCCGCGAAAACUGUGGCAUGA